AUGAAUGCUCCCGCACCUCUCAGCUCGCGGUAUAGCUACCAUGCGGUAUUCAGUGAUGUCUGUAAGACGCGAUUCAACCAUUUGGCCACUAGACUGCUGCUGAGUAUGGCUAUGACCUUGGGCCUGUUUUUAGCUGCAACUGGCAGCGGCAACAACACCAAAGUAAUACAAAAAAUAGUUCUGUGGCCCUUGAAGGGCUUUUUAUGCUAUUUGGCUGUGCUACUAGUUGUGGUGACGCGCAAAAACUAUUUACACGUUGACUUUCCCGGAUACUCAAGCCUAGUUACUCAAAUCUAUGGACAAUUGUGCUCCGUGAGACUCAUCGUAUAUUUUGGAAUUCAUUGUGUGAGUAGUCUCUGUCUUACCGGUGCUGCCAGAGAUGCUGUUUAUGGGACAAUCCAACCACAACACCUUUUUGUCUAUCGUCUGACAACUUGGGCUCUGAUACCGGCCUUGUAUACACUGCAGCAUGUGGUAUUCGACCUUGAUAAGUUAACCUUCCAGUACGGUGCACAACACCAGCACCCACAGCAGUUCAUAGCCUCAAGGGUGAAAAACUCACUGACGAAAUGUGUAGUCCUCACUUUCUGUCUUAUCCUCAUUCUGCCAGUAAGUUCCUUUUACUUUGCUCCAAGAAACAGUGCUUUAGGCUGGAAAAUAUCAUCAAAAUCAGCGGCAGCAGCUAUGCUAAUUUUCAUCACUUGGGAUUUUGCAAACUUGGCAUUCAACGCUUAUUUAUCCAUAGGUUGUUUGCACAAGGGAAAGCCCAUCUCUUCGCUUUCCUCUACACCCAUGGAGACUUUGAUUACCGGUCUUUCAUCCAUGAAGCAUUUCACGAAAUUGACUGCAUUUCAGGAACUUUCAUAUAGAGCUACUUCACCUGACAUGGAACUUAGAUUGCCAAUUUACCAUACUCGAUACAAAAAUGCUUAUGUGUGGCCAAGCAUAUUAAAAGAAUGUUUGACUACCAUAGACAGCACAAAUAGCGCUACAUCAAAAUUCAUUAAGAGCCUGGAAACUCAACAAGGGAACUUUCGCGAGGCAAAGCCACCGGCAAAGUCAGAGUUUUCCGAAGACUGCUUUGAGCAGGAUGGGCUUUUUGGAAAUGACUAUGUUAUCACUACCAAUGCACAAUCAAGAAUCCCAGGUACUCCACAGCCACAUGAUUCUCAAUUGACUCACAGAAUUACGGUCCAAAAUAACAAUGUAUUCGCGAAAAACCAUAGCCUUCAGUUCUCGAGCCCUUUCCAAUUUUCAAAUGUUGCAAACAAUCGUGUACUCACACAUCAAACCACCAUCACUAAUGUCUUAUAUGAUUGCGUGAAGCGGCUCAAGGAAGCUUUUGUUGCCUUUUUCUUUCCCACUCAAAAUAUAGGCUCUGCUGCUCAGUUAUCUUCCUUCGAGCUCUGGCGGAUCUCAAAGAAAAUGCAGGCUGAGAAGUUAGCGCCCCUGCCCAUUUGCUAUGCCGAGUGCGUCGUUUCAUUAAUGGGCAUACUUAUCAAAUCACUAAAGGAGGACCCUAAGGGUGCAGUAGUCUCUUCUGUGGGGGAGGUUUUGAAAAUUUUAGAGAGGUCAGUUGGUUCAUUAGGUGCAUUUGCCGAAUGGAACGAUUCCUUGGUAUCCAAAGACACUUCUGUUCCAGAUGUGAUUACAAUUCUCUACGAUCUUUCGAUCAAUGCAUUCUUAGAGAUUGUACUUAGCUAUAAUGAGUUAUUAAAUGACGUUUAUCUCGACGAUGACGUCGUGAAGUUGAGCAAAUGGGUACUUGAAAUCUGUAAUGAAUAG